CUGUGCUAGUCUUCCCUUUUCCUUUCAGAGAAUCUGAAAUAAGGCAAAGAGACCAGAAUGAGAGAUAGAAAGAGCUUGUCUCUAGAGUGCAGGAUUUCUUUAAAAGUCUUAAAUAUGAGCAUAUUUUGCAUUGUAGGUCUUAAAUUACAUUUAAUCAAGUCUUAAAUCCUUAAGUCCAUUUACCGCUUCAUUCGCUUUUUUUAUUUGAUGCGUUGGUCGCUUUCACUGUUGGUUCCAUGUAUUUGUUUAUGAAAUUUUAACUAUUUUAACUAACCAUGCAGAAAGAAAACUACAAAGGAAACGUGGAAGUGGAACUACACAGGAUAACAAGGUUUGGACUGGGUGAGUUUAUUAAAAUAAAUCUCAUGUCAAAUGUCUCCAGGCCAUUUAUCAGGUAAAUGUUCAUUCUGUAUUCCCACUGAGACAAAAUUUUAAUUGAAAUGCCAUAAAUAGGGAUUAUUUAAGUGCGGUCCAAACAAUAUGUCCUCUGAAUAUAUCCAUUAAUUAACAUUUCGCUUGUUGCUGAGUCCGUUUUGAGGAAGACAAGUUGCGUUUGAGGGACGUACACGGACACCUAAAGAACUCCAAAUUGUCAUUUCCCUCACACUCAACCACAAACACAAGGAAGUUUCACCACCUCCGUCACAGAGACAACGAGACUUUCAAGAAGUUAGACAGAGAAUGUCUCCACUGGUACUAAUCCUCAUGUUUCUGCUUCGGUUUAAAGCAGAUGUCAGAGGACACUUUACUCUCUAUCACAGACCAGGAGGAGACGUCUUCCUGCCCUGUGAGGUGUCCUUGAAAGUGAAAUGCUCCGUCAUUAACUGGCUUUACACCAGAGAUCCGUCUCGGACCAUAUUCGUGGCAGAGAACGGAAACGUUAGCAGGAACUCCGCCCGGCUCAGUCUGACCAGGAACUGCUUUCUGACCAUCAGCAACAUCACGGCAGAGGACGCUGGUCUCUACACCUGCCGGCCUGGAAAGAGCACUAACCACAACACACUGGUGAAUCUAAACAUUCUGACCAUCUCUCCAUCUCCACCAGAUGCUGAUCCAAACAGUGGUAGAACUGUCACAUUAGAGUGCUCUCUGUCAAAAUUCAAAGGAUUCCCUUAUUGUCAACCAAACAGCAUCCGGUGGCUGGAUGAGUCAGGAGCUGAGCUGGAUGGUGAAGUAGUUGAGUACAAGCUCAGUGGACAGAAGAACUGUGGUUCUCGUCUGACUGUGAAACGCCAGAGUGGACACAACAGAAGAUACACCUGCCAGUAUUUUGAGGGAGACAGUGUGAAGAUAGAAGCUCACUACACUCCUGUCUUCUCAGAGUCCUCAGACUCCACAGAGUCCACAGAUGUCACAGACUCCACAGAGUCCACAGAGUCCUCAGACUCCACAGAGUCCACUCCCUGGUCUCCUCUGGCCUACGUCAUGUUGUGUCUGCGGAUCACGACACUGAUCCUGAUGAUUGGAAUCACCGUUAUUGUCAUUAGAGACAAAGGAAGAAAGAAGCCACUGGAACACAGCAAUGUUCCUAAUGUUGGUGCCAAUCCCGAGGAUAGACCCAAAUGAAGGAAACCACCCUCCUGCUCCUGUGCUGCUCUGAGCUUCCGUAACUCUGGAAUCAUUGGAAUUUAAUGUUAAGGAGGCUGAGAUUUUAAGUUAAAUGAUUUAAUCCCUCUGUUUUCAUGUUUUCAAUCAUUUAGUCUCAUGAAGUGAAAUGAACUGUCCAUACAUGUACGUACCUACACAGUGAGCUGAGAGGACGUUCCUCCAGGGUCAUGGAGCUACAUGAUUAGCACUGGGCUGAGCAUAAAGUGUGUGCAAAGCCUUUCCAUGUGUUUCCUGGCGUUUCUGUUCAUCUACCCUGGAUUUACCUUUUGUUCUUGACUGAUGUAUCCAUGUUUUCCUUGUGGGUACCUUCCCCUUAUGUGCUGAUCCUCUAUGCAGCACCUAUUAUUACCUUUAUAGUAAAUCUCCAUUAAACUGAACUUUAUUUUUA